AUGGACUUUGACCUUGAAAAUCCAUUGCCAUUUAGCCAUGAUGAAGACACAAUUUCACCUCUUUUCAACAUUGAAACUCAUCAUAUGCCUUCAAAAACUUACCUUCAAAUUCUCAUAAACUCGGAUUUUCUCAUCAACAUUCGUGAAUCAACCAUUUCUAUAAUCUUACAUAUUUCUCAACCCUUUGAUAGUCCUUUUCUUUCAUAUCUUGCGAUUAAUUAUCUCGAUCGAUUCCUAUCCUUCCAUUCGCUACCGGAUGUGAAGCCGUGGAUCUUGAAGCUAAUUGCAGUUUCUUGUGUUUCGUUAGCAUUUAAAAUGAAGAAAACAGAGUACUCUGUUACUGACAUUCAGCAAGAUGGUGGUACGAUAUUUGAUAUCGAGACGAUAAAGCGAAUGGAGCUUUUGAUUCUUGGAGGCCUAAAAUGGAGAAUGCGUUCAAUUACUGCAUUUGCUUUUAUUAAUUUCUUCGUAUCGUUGUUUAAAUUCAAAGAUCUACCCUUACAACAAGCUCUCAAAGCUAGAGCUACUGAGAUUUUAUUCACAAGUCAAAAUGAGAUCAAGAUUUUGCAGUUCAAGCCAUCAAUAAUCUCAGCUUCAGCUCUUCUAUCUGCUUCUCAUGAGCUUUUCCCUUUACAAUUCUCAUGCUAUAAAACAACAAUCUUAAACUGUUCAUAUGUACAAAAGGAUGAUUUGUUAAGUUGCUAUGAUGUAAUGCAAGAAAUAGCGAAAAAAGAAUACGAAUCAAUAUUAGAAAUGGUAUCAAGCACAAGCACACCAGUCAACGUGCUUGACGUGCAGAUGAGUUGGAGUUCAGAUAACGAGCCAAUUGAAGAAGAUACUUCAGUUAAUGCAAUUAGCAGCAACAGGGGCAGGGAAGACAACUUGACGAAACGUCGAAAGAUUAUUACUACUAUUAUUGAUGACAACACUUAA